CGGAAUUUGAAGGUUUUUUAAAAUUUUUUUCCCCUUUUGUUUCUUUAUGGGGACUGCUGACGAGAAGCGGUAUUUAUACUUUUACGAUUUACAAUCACGUGAUAUUCCUAAAGCGUCUUUUCCCGAUGGAUACACCUUACAUACGUGGCAGGAAGGUGCAGAAAAAAUUUGGUUAGAUAUAGUGACCAAAGCUUUUGAACCUGGAUUUUUAACAAACUGGACAACUGAAACUUUCAUCCAGAGAUAUUUCGUCCAGCCACAGUUCCGUAGAGAUGGCUUUUUUCUUGUCAAAUAUGGUAACAAUUUCAUUGCAACUGCAUUUGCUUGGCAAGAUGAAGAAGUUUCAAGCCAAGUUCAAGAAAAAUUUGGACAUGAAUUAAUGUUCUACAAUGAUAUUGCCACUUGGAACAGAARGUUUUAUGGAAAAGUAAGUAGGGAAAAUGUAUUUAUUGCAACUAUGGCCAUUUCUGUUUGCAACUUUAUUAUCAUCCUAAACAAACUUGAAGGAUUUUUUUAUAGAAUUCUGUGAUUUCUUGCCUCUUCCUCUAUUGAUUCUCUCUCUUAUUAAUAAAAAGGUGUGAACUAUAUUAAUAARGAUGUUGUGGAUGUAAAAAAUUGAGCUUCUAAAGGAAGGUGUCAUAUUAUAGCAUAGUCCUCUAAAGUGCUCUUAUAAGGCAUUGGCAAUUUCCAUCUGUUAGUGAUGAUAGUGAUAUGGGUGGUGAUGGUGAUGGUUGUUUUCAUCAUCAUCAUCACACCAUUAUUACCAUCAUUAUCACAGUCAUCAUUACCACUACCCAAUCGCAUUUAUCAUUACACCAUCAUUAUGAACACCACCUUCCUUAUCAU